UGUUUGCGAAAUGGGGAGUGCCAGAUGUAGAUCUGUUCGCUUCAACACGAGCUCAUGUGGUACCCAAAUAUGUGAGUCUAGACCAACGGGAUCGACAAGCAUGGAAACACAAUGCGUUUGCUUGGGAGUGGACGUUCAGGUUAGCGUGGGUAUUUCCUCCUCCGAGUGUCCUGCCCCGAGUUUUGAUGCAUCUCAAUCGAGCGAAAGGUAUGUACCUAAUAGUAGCACCGAGGUGGCCGCGGGCAUUUUGGAGAGCAGAUCUGAAGUCGCGAGCGAUAGCUCCACCCUUCACCGUCCGCCACCUGGAGACCAAACUAAUAGAUCUGACCACGGGCCUCCCUCCACCAAAGGUAAAGAAUAUGGUUCUCGAAAUUUGGAAAUGUGGGGGUGGACGCAAGCAUUAGAAACAUGGUCAAGCCAGCAAAAAUCGCUCUUGCGGUCAGGAUGGCGAGGCUCUACUCUUAAAACGUAUAAACCUGCUUGGGAACGGUGGAUUAAUUGGUGUUUAAAACACAAUGUCGACAUUAAGAAUCCAACAGGAUCUGAUUUAGCCAAAUAUUUAGCUGAUUUGCAUUUAGUCGAAAAACUUGCAUAUAGGACAAUUUUAGUUCAUAAAUCAGUCGUGUCCACUUUAUGUAAAACGGAGGACAAUUCUAAGUUAAGUUCGAAUAUUUUAGUAAAACAGAUAUUAAAAGCUAUAGCAAAUACUAGCCCAAAAUUGCGCGCGGGUAACAUUUGGGAUACUUCCAUUUUGAUAUCAUGGUUAACUAAUCAUAAUGUGCAGAAUAGUAGUAACUUGUGGGAAAUUUCACGCCGUUGUGCCAUUAUAUUAUUAUUGUGUUCAGGUCGUAGAAUACAUGACUUGACACUUUUGAGUGUUGCAGAAGGCUUUUAUGUAGAUAGUACCGUAGAAAAUUCUAUAGUUUUUUGGCCCAAACAUGGAUCUAAGACUGACUCGGAUUCAUAA